CAGCUCCGAUUUUUACAAGCACGCAUUGGUAGAACGUCUGAUUUAACUUCAAUUUUUUAAUUUAAAUACUCAGUUUUUUCGUGGAAAUUCAAUAAAAAAGCAAAGAUGCAACCACAAAUACUUGUAUUGAAGGAGGGAACAGACACGUCCCAAGGAAAGCCUCAACUUGUCUCCAACAUAAAUGCCUGCCAAUCGAUCAUGGAUGCGGUUCGCACAACUUUGGGUCCUCGCGGCAUGGAUAAAUUGAUCGUGAAUCACGGCAAAGCGACAAUUUCCAAUGAUGGAGCGACAAUCAUGAAACUUUUGGAGAUUGUUCAUCCUGCGGCGAAAACUCUCGUUGACAUUGCGAAAUCGCAAGAUGCUGAAGUCGGAGACGGAACAACGAGUGUCGUGUUGUUGGCAGGCGAGUUUUUGAAACAAGUCAAGCCAUUCGUUGAGGAAGGAGUUCAUCCGCGUAUCAUCAUUAAAGCCAUUCGCAAAGCUUUGAAUUUGUGCGUUGAGAAAAUCAACGAAAUGGCUGUCAAGAUCGAGAAAUCGAAUGCAACGGAGCAUCGUGCUUUGUUGGAAAAAUGUGCAGCAACAGCAAUGAGCAGCAAAUUAAUCCAUCAACAAAAAAAUUUCUUUUCGAAGAUGGUUGUCGAUGCUGUUUUGCAAUUGGAUGACUUGUUGCCCUUGAAUAUGAUCGGUAUUAAGAAAGUUUCGGGAGGCUCGUUGGAAGAAUCGCAACUCGUGACGGGCGUUGCUUUCCAAAAAACUUUCUCCUAUGCUGGAUUCGAAAUGCAACCGAAACAGUACAAAAACUGCAAAAUUGCCUUGUUGAACAUCGAGUUGGAGCUGAAAGCUGAACGUGAUAAUGCCGAAGUUCGUGUCGAAUCUGCGAUGGAAUACCAAAAAAUUGUCGAUGUUGAAUGGCAAAUUUUGUACGAAAAGUUGGAAAAGAUCCACAAAUCGGGUGCUAAUGUUGUUUUGUCGAAAUUACCCAUUGGCGAUGUUGCGACGCAAUAUUUCGCUGAUCGUGACAUGUUCUGUGCGGGUCGCGUUGUCGAAGAAGAUUUGAAACGUACGAUGAAAGCAUGCGGAGGUGCCGUUAUGACAACUGUACAAGACUUGAAUGACAGCGUUUUGGGUCAUUGUGCUUUGUUUGAAGAACGUCAAGUUGGCGGAGAACGUUUCAACUUCUUCCAAGGAUGCCCGAACGCCAAAACAGUAACUUUAAUUUUGCGCGGAGGCGCUGAACAAUUCCUCGAGGAAACUGAACGUUCGUUGCACGAUGCUAUCAUGAUUGUUCGUCGUACCAUUAAGAAUGAUUCCGUUGUUGCGGGCGGCGGCGCAAUCGAAAUGGAACUUUCUCGCAUCUUGCGUGACUAUUCUCGUACUAUUGCCGGCAAGGAACAAUUGUUGAUUGGAGCCAUUGCCAAAGCACUCGAGAUUAUUCCGCGUCAAUUGUGUGACAAUGCGGGCUUCGAUGCGACAAACAUCCUCAAUAAGUUGCGGCAAAAACACGCACAAGGCAAUUGUUGGUAUGGCGUCGACAUUAUGAAGGAAAAUAUUGCCGAUAACAUGGAUGCGUGCGUUUGGGAACCAACAAUUAUCAAAAUUAAUGCAUUGACGGCGGCAUGCGAAGCUGCUUGUAUGAUCUUGUCGGUUGAUGAGACAAUCAAGAGUCCCCAAUCGGGAGGCGGAGGUGCUCCUCAAAUGCCCGGAAGAGGAAUGGGACGUCCUUAUUAAGACAUUUCGUUUUCAUCAAAGGCUUUUUCGUUUAUUUUUGAGUUGAUGAUCAACACAUGCAUCUUUGUACUAAGUAGCUUGGCAUACUAACUUCUCAUUUUUUGCAUUAAAACCAUUGUAUUACACAUUUUGCAUUAAAAUUAAUAAAGAAAUUUCACAUCACAACCCGUUUUUAGUAGAAUUACG